ACAGAGUCUAUCGCUUUAAUUUGUAUGAAUACGAAAAGUACCAAAGACAAAAGCGGGGAAAACCUGCGUAGAGGGGAAUGAAAGCAAAAGGAAAACAAAAGCCAGAAAUCAGUCUUAUUGAAACAGCUGUUUCUCACUCUCCGUGGUAUAAGGUUCAAAUCGGAAUGCCAUACUGGAUUAACAAUUAAACUUUGGGCGUCAUUUUUGUAUUGCCGAUAAAAAAAAAAAUAAAUAAAAGAAUCUGCAAUUUAUUAUAAAUUUGCAAUCUAAGCAGAUGGUGCUAUAUGGUGCACUUGCUUAGAAAUAUUUUGACUGUUGCUUUUAAAGAAUUCAUGCCUACUUAUUAUGAAGCCAUGAGCGUAGACAAAUUCUGUCUUGGAUAAGAAGUACAGCAUACAACUUGUGGAUAGAAGAAUCAUUUGCUUCAUAGGUCACUUUAUACCAGAAGACAGCCAUGGCAUCUGUCUCCAGCAGUGACAGUUCUAGCAGCAGGGAGAAAGAGUGUAAUCCACCAAACAACUCUCCUUCAUCCAGCCCUGACCUUGGUCCAUCUUUGCUGAGCAAAAUUAACAGCCACUUAGAUCAUGAAACCGACCCAAAUUUAGACCCAGACACGGAUUAUCAUAACUUAGCAGAUCCAGUCCUACUUGGACAAAGUGACAGUUUACUGGGACAGAAUGAUGGAUUGAUGCUUGAUAGUGGAGAUGACUUCACAGAUGCUGAAGACGACUUGAGCCUACCAACAACCCGUGCUGUAGCUAAGUCAGAGAUCACCAGAAUGCUUCCUGCUGUAUCUGAAGCUAUAGCACCGGAAUCCUGUUUUGGCUGGCGAAAGACUUAUUUGAUGAAUCCUUUUGCUAAUAAAAGAAAAUCAAAAUCGAUUGAUGAAGGUCAAGAUAACGUGUUACCACCCCGGUCAAAAGUAGAAAUAAUCUCAACCACCAGUCGAGCAGCAGUUGAACAUGCUGAGGAGUUUGUACAUAAAGUUUGGGAGGCCGGCUGGCGGGUAGCUCACCAUGCGUCACUACCCGACUGGCUAAAGGACAAUGAGUACCUUAUGAAAGGGCACAGGCCACCCACAAAUUCUUUUGCAGCUUGCUUCAAGUCCAUCUUUCGAAUUCACACAGAGACAGGAAAUAUAUGGACACAUUUGUUAGGUUUCAUAGCAUUUAUAGGUGUUGCAAUCUAUUUCCUUACACGACCCUCCGUAGAAAUACAGUGGCAAGAAAAGGCUGUAUUCUCAGCAUUUUUCGCUGGUGCAAUCUUAUGUCUGGGCUUCUCCUGGAUCUUCCAUACAGUCUACUGUCAUUCAGAAAGAGUCGGUAAAUUUUUCAACAAAUUGGACUAUUGUGGAAUUGCUCUCCUCACUAUGGGGUCAUUCGUACCUUGGCUUUAUUAUAGUUUUUAUUGCCGUUUAGAGCCUAAAAUUGCUUACCUCAUACUUAUAUUUGUCCUUGGGAUAUCUUGUAUUGUUGUAUCAUUAUGGGAUAAAUUCAGCCAGCCUCAGUACCGAGGAAUUAGAGCUGGUGUUUUUAUAGGUUUGGGUUUAAGUGGUAUUAUCCCUGCCAUGCAUUAUGUUAUCACUGAUGGGUUCUAUCAUGCCAUUAAUUGUGCAUCUCUCGGCUGGCUAGCCCUUAUGGCACUUCUCUACAUAUCCGGAGCUAUCAUCUAUGCAGUUCGUAUUCCAGAAAGACUGUUUCCAGGAAAAUUCGAUAUUUGGUUUCAAAGUCACCAGAUUUUCCAUGUGUUCGUUGUCGCGGCUGCAUUUGUACAUUAUCACGGCAUCACCGCCAUAGCCAACUACAGACUCACUUUGGGUGACUGCUUAGAAACUAGGAACUCUUGAAGGAGCAAGCAAGUAGCAGCCUUGCUACUGGCCUAUCCAGAAACCUGCCAAUCUGUAUUAUAAUGUUUAAUUACUCCUGCUAUCACAGAACACAUGCCAUCAUUAAUUAAUACGUGAUGACUAGGCUCCUCUGUGUGCACAGGUUACUAACACUACUUACAUAAUACUGGGGUCUGUUGAUAACCUUUUUUUUUUCCACGAUAAUUUCAUCUCUUGACAGAGAGAAGGAAAGGUUUUUAUUUAUAAUAAUAUAUGUGUAUUUUUUUUAUGUUUUUUUUUUAAAUAUAAACAA